CCGACCAUGUGGCAGGUGAUACUCUUCACAUUUUUCGCCUUUAUAACGCCUACUUCUUCGGCGACUUUCACCUUCUCCUCUUAUUAUCAUGACCACAUGGUACUACAACAGAGUUCAACAGGAACAACAAUCUGGGGUCACUCUACCAAAGUUGGUGACGUAGUACACAUAAAACUAAACAACAAUGAAGUUGCAAGGACUACUGUUAACAGCCAUCAGAUCUGGGAAGCUAAGUUUACAAGUCCCACGGACCAUGGCCCAUACAAUGUCUCUGCAACUUCAAGUCUGGGAACAGUUCAAAUCUCUGACGUCCUCUUUGGGGACGUCUGGGUUUGUUCAGGACAAAGCAAUAUGGAGUUUUUUGCCUCUAGGCUUUUGAAUGCGACAGAGGAAUAUGCAGACAGUGCAAAUUACCAAAACAUCCGUCUUUUUCAUGUUCACCGGGAAUUCUCGCCGACAGUUUAUACAGAUGUAAAACACAUAGACGCAGCGUGGUUAAAACCAAAUCAGCAGAGUCUUCUAAGGUUUUCUGCCGUUUGCUGGCUUUAUGGAAAAUACUUGUCACAGCAUUUUAACUAUCCAAUCGGACUGGUUGAGACAAACUGGGGCGGUACUAGAAUAGAAGCUUGGUCAUCACCCGAUGCUUUAUCUGCUUGUUCUGGAGCCCAUGGCCGAAAAAGGAACCAGUAUUCCAAUAGUCAAUUGUACAAUUCUAUGAUUUAUCCGCUGCUGAGAAAUACAAUCAAAGGUGUUAUCUGGUACCAAGGGGAGUCUAACGCCAAACACGCAUAUCAUUACUCUUGCCAGUUUCUUGAAAUGAUAAAAGACUGGAGAAUGAAAUUCAACCAAGCAUCACUGGGAACAACCAACCCCACCUUUCCCUUUGGAUUUGUACAGUUGGCACCGUGGAAAGAAGGGGAGGCGUAUCUAGGCUUUCCACAACUUCGCUGGGCACAGACAGCUAACAUCGGAUACGUUCCUAAUUCACUUCUACACAAUGUGUUUAUGGCUGUAGCUAUUGAUCUCCCUGACUUCCAAUCACCCUACGGAAGCAUACAUCCCCGUUACAAACAUGACGUAGCCUAUCGGCUGUACCUUUCAGCCCUAGGCGUGGCCUACCAUGAGAGAGAUGUAGAUUUUGAGGGACCUUUUCCUACGUCUGCUGUGAUUGACAGCACACACCGCCAUCUUACUAUUGAGUAUGGACGAGGACUAACUCCUAUUGAAGUCAGAUCAAACAGCGGUUUUGAGAUAUGUUGCGUGAAUAAGACCACAACCUACUGCAAUGGAUUUGACACUCAUUGGAUGAACACGACGAUGACGUCACAUGAUUUUGCUACUGUAACCUUAGACAUUUCUUCCUGUGGCCAUGGAAAUCACGUGGUACAGGUCAGAUACGCUUGGCGGGAAAGCCCCUGUCCUUUCUAUAAAUGUGCUGUCUACGGAAAAGUAAAUGAUUUGCCCGGACCACCAUUUAUCUUUCACGUUAAUUCUUAAAAUACUUAAAUAAUGAA